GCUCAACUCAGCUUAAAUAAUAUCCCUGGAAAUUGAGUCAUCAAAUCGCCAUAAAGUUUCCUGUGCACCAAUAUUCCAACUAUGAACUUCUUCAAAGAAAGUAUUGUACAUUUCCUUGGUCUACUUAAGAAGCCCAAAUAUCCUGUUUUGAGAAAUUUUGGACUGGAUUCACUUCAUUCUUCAAAGCUUCAUAUCCAACACUCGCUUUAUUAACAAACUUUCACGAUGAGGUUCGAAGGGUUGAUUCUAGCAUUAUUCUUUUGGGUAAACUAUGCCUCUACUGAUAUUGCAGACUGGUUUAAACCAUCCACGAUUGACUUAAAGACAGUUUCUACUGAUCUGUAUGCUGACACCACCAUUUCUCAGCUCUGUAAGUAUGCAUCAAAUGUUGCAACUCUCAGAGAAAAGGAAUACUCGUACUUGUACACGGUUGAUGGUGAAACUGUCACGUCAGAAAUCUUGUUUGUGCCUGUCAAAUACAGAAAGUUCUCUAUUUCUUGGUACUUCAAGUUUACUGAAAGUCCACAUGCUACAGGAUUCAAGGUUGCAGCUAACGGAGAUGACAUUGAGAAUGUCUCUGGUGUUGUCAACUUAAAAAAUGGUGAAGCUAUCAUCACUUACGAUGUCAUUUUCCCAUUGCUUUCUUUCGUUGACUCCGUUAUUGAUUAUUGUGUAAAUGAGUUUGUGUCUUGGACGUGGGAAGUCUUCAACCCAGCUACUGGCGGUGAUGAAAUUCUAACUUUUUACACUGGCAAUCUUGGGGCCACCAAAGAGCAACUCUUAAAACAAUUCACAUGCUCCAUUGUUAACUUCCUAGACUGCCCAAUCUAUUCUGCUGGUCUACGUUAUGACUGUCAAGGACUUGCAAACUUCCAAACCUGCUCCCAAGUUGCGACGCUGACUGGACCACCGUCUUCGUCUUCUGAGAUAAUAUCUUCAGAAUCUUCGGUAGCUUCGAGUGAAGAAGACUCAUCAACAGAACAAUCCUCCACAACGCUAUCUGAAGAUGUGUCAGAGUCGUCUACUUCAGUGACGGAGACUUCAAGUGAAGGUUCAAGUGACUCCUCAAGCGACUCCUCAAUUGACUCUUCUAGCGACUCCUCAAGUGAAGCUUCGACCCAAUCUUCAGAUGACACAUCCACUGUUCCAUCCAGUGAAGUCUUGAGUACCUCCUCUUCUGCUGAUGUUUCCUCAACAGUAUCAUCCACAACAACAAGCACUGCCACUGACGCAUACAUCACCGGUUACUAUGUUGACGGGCAACCUCAUUGGGAUCUUCAUAUACCAGGGUCAAUAGGACCAUGGACCUCCAUUGAAAUUACUGGAACUAAUGGUGAUUCUGACUAUAGAUUUGUAUCUGGAGAGUUCUUAGUUGAUGGGAAAGAUGCUGGAGGGUCUGUUACCCUCACAGAUGCAUCUUAUGAUGCACUCUAUGAAGAACCUAUUGAUGAGACUUCCGAGCUUAUUUUCUCUUUAUCAGCACAGGCCACUGGUCCAGCACCAUAUAUAUAUGAUGCACAUAUUACUAUCACCACCCCUGAUGAAAGAAGAGUUCGUAUUUUGAAGAGAGCUGUGAUUGAUUAUGACUUUUCUAAUACUUUGGUCUCAGAUGCUUCAUACACGACAGAUUCUGAUAUCUCAUCAGAUACACUCUCCGACUCAGUCACAUCAACUUCUGAAGAGUCUUCAACUUUGAGCACUUCAGUUAGUUCUGAUUCUUCUAGUGUAUUGUCCUUGGAAUCAUCUUUGACAUCAGAGGAUGUGACUUCAUCUGGGGAUUCAUCAGUAUCUGGCGAGUCUACAGCCUCUGAUGAUGAUCUGUCCUCUUCUUCCUCUGUGACCGAUGGUGCUUCCAUUACUAGUGCUGUUGCUUCUACUAGCGAUGACACUACUACCACUGACAUCGCAUCCACUUCUAGUAGCGAUUCUUCCGCUUUUAGUGAAAGCCUAUCAACUGGUGGAUCUUCUGAUGAUACUAUUACAGAUACAUCAAAGACUGCAACAGGUGAAUAUGGUGAUGAUGAUACCGCCACUUUUACUCGAGAUGAAGGUCUAACAGUGUUCACAGAUGCGUUUGGAAAUAUAGUUACUGGCUCUAUAAUAACUGUUACAACAACGAAUUCAGUUGGAUCUACUGUUACUUUAACUACAACAUAUUGCCCAGCCACAGAAUCUCAAGUUUACACUGGUGUUUUGACUACAGUAAUCGAAGGAGAAGUUCUCGAAACGCCAUUGGUUACUUCAUAUGACUAUAUCACUAUUUAUGACGCUGGUGGCGAGGUUGAAACGAUAAUCACAAGCUAUGUUACUAAAAGAAUCACUGUUGACAACCCAACUACUUCAGUAGAUGCGGUUGGCACAUUUGUUACAGCUUCUGCAGAAGUUUCAAGUCCAAAAGCCGAAACAGAAACUGAGAUAGCUUCAAUUUCAGAUCUUAUAGGAACCGGUACUCCAGUACCACAACCAACACCUGCUGCUGAUUCAGAAGAGACAAGCACUAUUUCCACAACAGUGAUUGUUCCAGCGAUUACAAUUCCUACGUAUUCUGAAUUAACUUCAGUCCCAACUCCAACAGCUGCUGUUGUUUCCUCAUUUGAAGGUGCUGCAUCAAAGAUUCAAGUGCAAGGUUUCUUCUUAGCUAUACUAUCUGUUAUUGUGGCUGUACUAUUCUGAGAAGUUGACACCAGGUUUUAUUACUUUUUCGUUUGUCCUGGUUCAAUUUAACCAGGACCUCUUCAAUUCUCUCCACUAUCUACUCAAUGAGUUUUGGAGUUUUUUCUUCGAACUUGAAAUAUUGAUAGACAGGCUAAGUUCUGCCUAGUAUUGAUAUUUCACAGAACCUUCCAAAGUUGUUCUGUUUUGAUUCGUC